CGUCUGCUGUUACGUCAGUAUCCGGGUACACAAUCAAGUAUAUAAACACAGGGUGGUUAAAAUAUCGUUAUUCAGUAUACCUAUGAAGAUGGCCAGGACAUUACAUACCAUUAUCACUAGUUUGCUUUGCGCAGUCGCAGUGGCUCAAGAACCUACAACCCCAGAUCGAUUCCCCUGUGCAGAGGUACAAUGUCCGACGGGAUGCCAAGAAUAUGAAUACAGCUUCGAUACAAAUGGCUGCGAUGUGUGUACAUGUAAAUCAGGUACCGGCGAAGUAACCCGGCCACCUUGUCCAGAACUCGCCUGUCCAUUCUAUUGUCAGUACGACUACGCGCUUGACGAAAACGGUUGCGAAGUAUGUGCUUGCAAAACCGUGCCUGCAGUUUCUUGUUUGCCUGAGGAGUGCUUUUAUGAUUGUCCGUUUGGCUUUGAAAGAGAUAGCGAUGGGUGUGAAACAUGUGCUUGUAAACCAGAUACUAACUGCAGAUUCCCGAAAGUGUGCAAACGCGACCCGUGCGCGCCAGGAGUGGUUUGUCCUUUAAAAAUAUCAACAGUAUGUGUCCCCAGCCACUGCGAUUGUAGACCACACUUUUAUGACAUAGCUGGUAGGGAGGUGCAAUGUACAGCUGUCAAACUGGACGCAUGUGAGAAUAAUAAUUGUCUUAAUGGAGGUACGUGCGUGCCAGCUCCACGUACGAUCCGAGGCUAUAUAUGCGAAUGUCCAUCGUGUUCCAGAGGACGUCGUUGUCAGCGAAAAAAGUGUCCUGCUAAUCGUUGUGAUAAAAACUGUGAGUUUGGUUAUGUCACUAACGACUGUGGCUGCGAGCUGUGCAUAUGCUUACCCGAGCCAUGCGACCCUCCAUCCACGUGUUUAAUUGAUCCUUGUGAUGAUAGUAUUUUUACAUGUGAUCUGACUCCAGAUGCUAUCUGUGUCGCCGACAACUGUAAUUGUACCCAGGAAUUUUACACAGUAGAUGGUGAUCUGGCUGUUUGUGAAUGUCCACCCGUCUUUUGUGACGUAGCCUGUGAAUUUGGGAAUGUUCUUGAUGAAGAUGGCUGUCCCACUUGUGAAUGUAGAGAAGUAAAUUGUACGCUAAAUUCCUGUGAGAAAUAUUGUCCGUUUGGUUACGUCACUGAUAAAGAUGGCUGCGAACUGUGUAUAUGUUUACCAGAGCCAUGUGACCCUCCACCUCCGUGUUUUGUUAAUCCCUGUGAUAAGCGUAUCUUCACGUGUGAUCUGACUCCAGAUGCUAUUUGUGUCGCCAACUAUUGUCACUGUACCCAGGAAUUUUACACAAGAGAUGGUGAUCUGGCAGUUUGUGCUAUCAAUAUCAAUUAUGAAACAGCUCCUGUGAUUGGACGACCAUGCGCACCAGGUACAACAGGAUGUGCAAAUGACGGAACGUGCGUGCCAGAACCAGACGAUAGUGGGUUUACUUGUCAGUGUACUGAACAUUAUUAUGGAAAAUUUUGUGAAAAUGAUUGUCCACCAGUUUGCGAAAUACUGUGCCAAUUUGGGAAUGUUCUCGAUGAUAAUGGCUGUCGCACCUGUGAAUGUAGACGGGAGCCUUGCCCAAUGUUCAAGUGUAAGCCAUGCCUAUUCGGUUACGAAACAGAUUCAAAUGGUUGCCAGACAUGUCAAUGUAAACCGAAUCCAAUUCGUUGCCCUGGAUCAAAUGUUGCUGGAGAUAAUUGUGAUUACCCGUGUGAUGGGACGACUUGUCUUUUGGACCCGUCUGCCAUAUGUAUACCCAACUACUGCGGUGGAUGUCACUACGAGUAUUACUAUGAAAAUGCCACUUUGGUGGACUGCAAAGCCGGUCAUCCUUGCUACGAUGGUUCACAUAGGUGUGCCGCUGGAUCAACCUGUCGACCUUCAAAUCCUGACCCAUCUGAUCCAUCAUACACGUGUGACUGUCCACCAACCCUUACAGGAACGUAUUGUGAACAAGAUGUAAGUUCAACUGAUAUCUGUGCAGGAGACACAGUCUCUAGCUCAUGUGCAAGUGCCUGCGGUAUCCCGACCUGUGAGGCUUUAAGAAAAGACGAGAUUACCAUAUGUACUUUGCAGUGCGUCUUCGGAUGUGUUUGUCCAAAUGGAGGACGCCUCGAUAAGGGUAACGCAUGUGUUGAACCAGAGGACUGCGGAUGCAUACACAACGGCGUUUACUACUCAGUAAAUGAAUCCUACGAAGACGAGAAUCAAAUUUGCCGCUGUGAUAACGAAUUGGAUAGUACGCCAACCAUGACAUGCAGAACGAAAAGCGCUGGAUACAUAUAGAAUUUAUUGAAGACAUCUGUGCACUGUCAUUCCCUUUAGGUUGUUAUAAUUUUUAGUUACAUAAAUAAUGUUCUUAUCAUUAUGUUAAUUAGUUUGUAGCGUAUAUUUAUCCAUAUGUAAAUAUCACCGCAUUGCGAAAAGGGUUAUUGUAUUUCAUGCAAUAUUAUGACUCCAUUAACGGUUGAAAUUAGGUUGGUGUUGUUACAGUGAGUUAGGCCUUCCGUAUAACAUUUGCUUUUAGGGGUAAAAUGGAAGAUUCGUUCUUGUUCCCCAAUAAUAUUGAAUCUGCUAUUGAUAAGGAAUUCUUGUUUAGCUAAAUAAACAAUUAUAUAUUCAAUUCAAUAAUUACAGUCUUUCAGGACAAAUAAUUAAGUUCUAAUAUUUUUGUACGAUGGUUUUACUCACAACUAAACAAACAUGCACAAAAUUCACUUUUAGCUUUGGUAAACAGAUAAUACUAAUAAAAAUAAUAAUAAUAAUAAUAAUAAUACUAAUAAUAAUAAUAAUAAUAAUAAUAAUAAUAAUAAUAAUAAUAAUAAUAGGUUAUCAGUCUAAGCUAUAGCCACUAAUUUCAGAUUUAAAGUGUUUGAUCUUAUAUGGCCUUGUCAAUCUAUUUUAUGAUAAGGGUAAAUACAUUUCAUGUAGAUAAGACAAUGUAGGUUAUUAUAUUCAUAGACCUUAUUAAUAGGUCCAUGGUUGAGGCCUGUUUACACUUCAACGAUAACGAUAACGAUAAAAAUGCUAAAAAGCGAUUGAUCAUAUAGAAAA